GUCGAAACUCGAUACCAAGAGCAAUGGAUUCUUCGUAUAACGACCCAUCAGAUCUAUCUAUUCAGAGCCAUUCUGACACUGCUCACACUUCUUUAUCCACCUCAUCUGAUAUCUUUACUCCCGAAAUUCCCAGCACUUGGAAUACUCGAAACCAAGCUCAGUCUGACCAGCCAUUCAGUCCAACUAACACAACUGACUGCAGUAGUGUGUCCAUUGGUCGCUCGGUCAGAAACAGUGCUGAUGGUGACUCUCUUUCAGCUCCCCAUUUGGAUUAUAUAGGCUCGCCAUUGUACUGUCCUAAUUACAAAACAUCCAUCAUGAGUAGUAUCAGGACAUCUGCAAGAGUACUUGGAUUGAUAGAAGAGCUUGCCCAAGAACAGUAUUCACAACAGCAUAGUCUACCAAAACGUAAACCACAUAGCAAGUAUUCUUUUAGCACCAUUUCUCAGCAUAAACUAGAUCCGUUGCAGGACUUGGUCUCCAUUGAUUCCAUCAAAAAGCGAUUAAUGGCUCAAACCGAGACUAUUAUGGAGGGCAUGGUAGCAGAUAUGACGUCGACUCGUGUUGUUCGAUUUUUUGGGUUUGUUGUACAAAACAUUCUGGCUAGAAUGUAUCAUCGUGGUGUACACAUUAACGAGGCAGAGAUUGCAAGGUUAAAACUGGUUGCUCAGGAUGCACAAAACAGAGGACUAUCGUUAGUAUUUCUUCCAUGUCACAAAAGUCACAUUGAUUAUUUAGUUGUCAGCUAUAUUCUGUACCGUCUUGGGUUUGCGUUGCCGCAUAUUGCUGCAGGAGAUAAUCUCAAUAUGCCGUUUGUGGGAUGGCUACUUCGUCACAAUGGAGCUUUUUUUAUUCGUCGCCAGUGGGGAGACGAUCGACUUUACAACGGAAUCAUGAAAGAAUACAUUGAAAUUCUUCUUGAACGCGGUUACAAUAUUGAAGCGUUUGUUGAGGGUACACGCAGUCGUACUGGUAAACCUCUCCAGCCUAAAUUUGGAGUUCUUAAAAUCAUUUUAGAUGCAGUGUGGAAUCAACGUGUGAGCGACUUGAUUAUUGUACCUGUAAGUAUUGGCUACGACAAGGUGAUUGAAACGCCAUCUUAUGCAGAUGAGCUUCUCGGUACACCUAAACAGAAAGAAUCACUUGUACAGUUAUUGAAUAAUGUGAAUAUUCUCCAGCUCAAGUGGGGCCGUAUUGAUGUGCGGUUUGGUGAGCCAUUUUCUCUCAAGGAAUACAUGCAUCGUGAGGGACUACGUCGUGGAUUUGAGGUUGGCAAGUUUGGCAACGUAUACGAUAAGGCGAUUGUGUUGCAGUCACUUGGGUAUAAAGUCCUUGGUGACGUGAAUAGAAUUAGUGUUGUUAUGCCUACUGCACUGGUUGGUACGACUCUUUUGACGCUCCGUGGUCGUGGUGUAGGUCGUAACGAGCUGAUUCGUAAAGUCAACUGGCUAAAAAAAGAAAUCGUUGCCAAAGGUGGACAAGUGGCCGAGUUUGGCACCACACCAUUGAGUGUUAUUGUUGAUCGUGCUCUCCACGUUCUUGGCGAUCUUACGGGAAGGCGGAGCGAAUUGCUCGAGCCAGUGUACUACCCUGCCAAGCGAUUUGAACUAAGUUUUUAUCGCAAUCAAGUCAUUCAUUUGUUUGUUUCCGAAUGUAUUGUUUUGGUUUCCAUGUAUGCAACCAUUAAGGCAGGCGGACCCGUCAAAGCACAACGAAUACCUAUUGUACCUCAUUUAACCGACGACGUAUCUUUUCUCUCUCAGCUUCUCAAAAACGAAUUUGUGUAUGGCGAAGGUGGAAUGGGCAAAAAUCUUCCACUAACAAUCACGAAUCUGCAUGCGGCAAACGUUUUGGAGGUUGGUAAAUUUGAAAUUAGUGAAAAUGCAUCAGCAAGCUCGCAAGAAUGGGUAACUCUUUCUACGGAAGAACGCCGGAUUGGGAGAGAAACGUUUGAUUUUUAUUGCUUUCUCAUGUGGCCUUUUGUUGAAACGUACUGGCUGGCUUGUGUUUCGUUGUAUACGAUUGUACCUAGUGCAAAGGUCGUUGGUGCAGGACAAUUGCAACUUCAUUGGGUUGAUGAACGUGUGUUUUUAAAACGAUGCCAGCACUUUGGAAGGACAUUGUAUAGCGAGGGUGAUUUAUCCUACUUUGAAGCAGUGAAUAAGGAAACGUUACAAAAUGCUAUUCGGAGACUGAUGGAAAUGGGUGUUGUGGUGAUUCGAAAAGGGGCACAUCCAGAUACAGGUUCUGCGGUAUUGCAAAAGGAGGCAAAGGAUGAUGGUAUAAAGGAGAAGGGGGUUAAAGAAGGCGGUGGAUCGUGGAUUGCGCUGUCGUUAACCUGGAUGCCUACCAACUCUUUUCCUGAGCCCGAGCUAAUUGUGGAGCCAGAGGUACUACACGUUGAAGAAGUUUGCCGCGUAUCUGCCAAUGACAAUGCCCCAAGUAAUGUUUCCGAGUAUGCCAAGCCUUUGCGUAGACGGAAAUGGGGAGGACAUAUGGAAGGGUUUCAAGUUUUUUCAUCGACUCAACAGCCAUCCAAUGAUGCGAAUUCUGAGUCAGAUUUGAACACAUUGUCACAAGGGACUAGUGAGCUAACUGACAAGAUUUUGCCAGAUCUCGAUACCACGCCUAUAUCUACACAUCAUCUAAAGCCUCAAGCCCAAUCGCAGCAACAUCGCUCUUUUUACAAGCCCAAAGCAUCACCACCAGUUGAGUCGGAAUCAUACAAUGCACUGUUGGAUUCAUGGUACCAACUCAAACCAACGGGAAAACUGUGGGAUUUGUGUGAGCAAAUUGGACGAUACAGACGGGAGGGUAAAAACCGACGGGACACAAAUGCAGUUGCAGUGAGAGUGCUACGGCUUGCAAGGAUUGCAUCCCAAUGGACUGAUGGGAGUGGAUCUAGUGGGCCAAACGAUCGUAAUUCCAAGCAAAGAGCCAAAAUCUAACCAAUGGAUAAUGAGUGGGAAAUAUAAUUUCAUUUGAACACUGCUGGUAUUAGUACAGCACUAUAAUUGUAUCCAUUGAUCAGACAAUUCAGAUUUGUUGUAUUAAACUACUUGAGCAACAGAUGAUUUCAGCCAAGCGAUUACAUCUAGACCAAGACCGUCCUUGACUUGGUCAUGAUAACAAUAUAAAAGCAAUAUGAAUU